UACUCCUCUCUCUCUCUCUCUCUCUCUCUCUCUCUUACACACACACACACAGACACAUACAAAUACAGAAGAAGUCGAACAAGAAAAGCGAAAGCAGAGGCAGAAGCAGAAGCAAAAGCAGAGGCGAAAGCAAUGGAAGUGAUCAGCGCGCUUCCCCACGCGUCGUCGCCCCCCAACACCUUCUCCUCCUACCUCUCCGGAAUCAACCGCGGAGCUUCUACGCCCAGGAGAACCUCUCGCCCCGCGCGCUUACUCGCGCGCCUCAUCCGCGCCCUCAUCACCUGCAUCUUCGCAACAGUUGGUUUGUUCCUAGGAGCUGUAACAGGGGGUCUAAUCGGUCUAGCCACUGAGAGCGGCGUAUUCCGCGGGAGCGGAACAGGGGCGAUUACAGGAGUUUUGGUCUCGUUAGAGGUGGUGGACUCAUCUCUCGCUCUCUGGCGAAAUAACGAGUCCGGGAUUUGGAGCAUUCUCUACGUCAUCGACAUAAUCUGUAGCCUUUUGAGUGGAAGACUCGUCCGCGAGAAGGUCGAUCCCACCGUGCAGAGUGCAGUCCAGAGCCAGAUGAAUGCGGUGGACUCGCCCUUCAGAGAGGCUCUGGACAUCUUCGAAACCGGAGGCUCGAACGGCAUGGCCAAGGCCUCGAUCGAGAAGCUCCCCGAGAUCGAGAUCACGGUCGCCAACAACGUCGACUCCUCCGGCGACCGAAUCCGAUGCUCGGUCUGCUUGCAGACACCGACGAUUUUCGAUCUUGCGUUCUCGCAGGAUUUGCAGGUCGGAGAGGCCGCCCGGAGCCUGCCGUCCUGCCAGCACAAGUUCCAUCUGCCGUGCAUCGACGGCUGGCUCCUCAUGCACGGCUCCUGUCCGCUGUGCAGGCGCGAUCUGCUGACUCUUUCUUGCUUGGAGAUGAACUCCUUUUUGUAGAUCGAUCUUAAUUUUAAAAUCUCUCUUGUCUUGUGCUAUGCCAACACUAAACGCAGCAGCGGUAAUUUAGUUUCCUUUUCGAUCGACUGUGUAAAUGAGUUGUAUACCUGAUACUUAAGGUUGUAAUACGUAUAUCUAUUAUGGAAUAUCACUUCAUGUCCGUGCGGUUAUGUUACACAUAGCUACACAAAUUUAACCCA